GCAGCAGUGACCGAGAGAAGGAACUAAAGAAAGCUGUACCAAAGGAAGGACGGAGAUCAAAUCAGACCAGAGCAUACAUAUAGUCUCUCGUUUCUGGUCAAGGCACAAUGAUGCACGGGAGGAGAACCGCCAUGGCAGUGGCCUGCCUUCUGUGCAUGGUGGUGGCUCUGCUGCUAGUCCAGGAUGUUCAGUCCAGGAAGCUACUGUGGACGGAGCAGGAGAAGAAGGAAAUUACACAUGGUGGCCUUGGCAACCAUGGCGCUGCUGCUGGACGAAGCACCACCCUGGAACCGUGCAGUGACGUUAUGGGAGGUGGUACAGGAAAUGCAGACAAGGGCGAACUGCCGUGUGAUGAUACGUCAAAAUGGACAGAAAUGCACACGGAUUACAUAUACACCCAAGACGUCAAGCAACCAUGAAUUGUUAGCUAGUUAGCUCGUGUGUUAAGUUUCUGAACAUUAGUUUUGUUUGUAGGCGUUAUGCGUUCAGUGGUAUGGGUGUAUAAUUAAUUAGCUAGCCAGUCAGUAACUUAAGUGUACGCUAAAUGAAAUGGUACCGGUAUCAAGCUUUUCGUCCUUGUGCUAAUUAUAGGGGCCACCGAAGUGACUACUCCCUCGGUACCCAAAUAUCGUGUCUUCUUUAUAUUAUGAUGAAAUA